ACCGAGAGGGAAUGAGUGGGAGGCGGGAGAGCGCAGGUCCUACCCUCACAGAGCCAAGCCCUGCGCUACCAGCUUGGCCCGCGCAGGCCUCAGGCCCCCGCGCGGGAACCCUCUUCGACGCUACUGUCGCGGGGCUGGGAGGCAAGCGAGUGGGUGUGUGCGUGGGGGGCGGCCAAACUUCCUGUCCCGCGCUCGAACUGCUUCCGGCAGGAGCCGGAAGACGCUCUGUGUGGACAGAAUUCGGGACCGACUGACGGACGGACUGCUGCCAGGGAGUGGAAGGGGAUCCUCCCGAUUGAAUCCUCCCAGGGAUUGAAACUGCAUCUCCUGCGUUUGCAGGUGGCUUUUUUACCUCUGAGCCACCAGGGAAGCCUUUAUGAGCGACACUGAUUGCCCACCCAGCGCAGCAUCUGACUGGAAAAGCAUAGCCCUUCCUAGAGGAGUAUGAGCACCACAGGAAGGUGUCAUUGACUCUGUAUUAAAUUUUAACCUGUCCCCUGAACAGCUACAGAAUUUGGAAGCUGAAUCAAUGUUAUCAGAUGAGUUAGAAUCCAAACCAGAGCUCCUGGUACAGUUUGUUCAGAAUACAUCCAUCCCUCUGGGACAGGGGUUAGUAGAAUCAGAAGCUAAAGACAUAACUUGCUUGUCCCUGCUUCCAGUGACUGAAGCCUCAGAAUGCAGUCGGCUAAUGUUACCAGAUGAUACUCCAAAUCAUACGAACUCCUCCAAGGAGGUUCCUUCCUCGGCUGUGUUGAGAAGCCUUCAGGUGAAUGUGGGUCCAGACGGAGAAGAGACGAGGGCUCAGACUGUACAGAAGUCUCCAGAGUUUUUGUCCACUCCAGAGUCCCCUAGCUUGUUGCAAGAUCUACAGCCAAGUGAUAGCACUUCUUUUAUUCUUCUUAACCUAACAAGAGCAGGUCUGGGCUCUUCAGCCGAACACUUGGUAUUUGUACAAGAUGAAGCAGAGGAUUCAGGGAAUGAUUUCCUCUCCAGUGAGAGCACAGACAGUAGCAUUCCCUGGUUUCUCCGGGUUCAGGAGUUGGCCCAUGACAGUUUGAUUGCUGCUACUCGGGCACAGCUGGCAAAAAAUGCAAAAACCAGCAGCAAUGGAGAAAAUGUCCACCUUGGUUCUGGUGAUGGGCAACCCAAAGAUUCUGGCCCCCUUCCUCAAAUGGAGAAGAAGCUCAAGUGUACAGUUGAAGGCUGUGACCGGACAUUUGUGUGGCCAGCUCACUUUAAGUACCACCUUAAAACUCAUCGAAACGACCGCUCCUUUAUCUGCCCUGCAGCAGGUUGUGGGAAAAGCUUCUAUGUACUACAGAGGCUGAAGGUGCACAUGAGGACCCACAAUGGGGAGAAGCCCUUUGUGUGCCCUGAGUCCAACUGUGGUAAGCAGUUCACGACAGCUGGAAACCUGAAGAACCACCUGCGCAUCCAUACAGGAGAGAAGCCUUUCCUUUGUGAAGCCCAAGGAUGUGGCCGUUCCUUUGCUGAGUAUUCUAGUCUUCGAAAACAUUUGGUGGUUCACUCAGGAGAGAAGCCACAUCAGUGUCAAGUCUGUGGAAAGACCUUCUCCCAGAGUGGGAGCAGGAACGUGCACAUGAGAAAGCACCACUUGCAGGCGGGAGCAGCUGGGAGUCAGGAGCAGGAGCCAGCUGCUGAGCCACUAAUGGGCAGUAGUUUGCUUGAAGAGGCUUCAGUAACCAGUAAAAACCUGGUGUCUAUGAAUUCUCAGCCCAGCCUUGGUGGAGAAUCCUUGAACCUACCAAAUACCAAUUCUAUCCUAGGAGUUGAUGAUGAGGUGCUUGCUGAAGGAUCCCCACGUCCUCUGUCUUCAGUGCCUGAUGUGACGCAUCACCUGGUGACCAUGCAGUCAGGGAGGCAGUCGUAUGAGGUUUCUGUAUUAACUGCUGUAAAUCCGCAGGAGUUACUAAACCAAGGAGAUUUAACUGAAAGACGGACAUGAGCCAUGGGUGCUGACUCCUGGAAGAGCAGCUUUGUCUGAUCCCAGAGUGCAUUCGGUGGGAACAGGAUGCUUAUGGCUCACAAGUUGCCAGAACCAAAACAAAAAAGGACCCCACUUUUGCCUCUGUUCAUCUUUCCUGGCCUAGAAGAUGAAUGUAGGAGAGCUUCUCUUCAGUUACCAUCUGGUGCAGACAAGGAAGAAAGCAGUGCAUAUGGGCUGGGUAACUGGACCUACCUCUCUUCCCACUGCAGUUUUGGGAUAGACUUCUUCCAAAAGUGAGUUUGAUUACAUGUUGGCUGCAGUUUCUCCGUAAGACUAUUGAGGGGAGGUUUUCCUUUGAAGAAUUUUCAUCCCAGACUGAGCUGUCUUUUCACUUGGGUGAACUAAAUCCUGCCACCAACCAUAAAACUUCACCAAGAAGUUCAACUUUCAAGAUGCCUUGUUGCUUCAGAGAAGGGUGUGAUGUCAGUCCUGUUGUGACAUUCUCCCUUUAGCAACCUGAGUAAGAGACUCUCCGCCACUGGGCUGCAAAAAAAUAAAUUACUUGAAUCCCUGCUUGGCCCAAGCUGAGGUACUAUCUUGUCCUAAUCACCUCUACUUGGCCACUUUGCUUUCUUUGUUUAUGGAACAUACAGUAGCAUGUUAAGAGGUUUUUUUUUUUCUUUUUUAAGUUAAAAAUCAUAUGAUUCAGAGCUUCAAUUGUUUUUCCUUUAAAUAAAACAGCUGGUCAGUU